UCGACCGACCUGUAGCAUUUGACAGGUGGUACACACCUUAUCAUAGCAUUGAUAAAAGCCGAUGUGUGGAAAACGCUAACGCCCGAAAAUGUUGCAGAAACGUGUGUUUACGUGCUUCUUUGCGUUCGUAAUUUUUUUUAAAUUCACGUAUUGUUACGACGUCAAGAGAUACUCGUUGCUAAUGCCAAAUGUGAAACCGAACACGCCUGAAUUAUAUUUAUGCACUCCAGUUAGGAUAGACUACGUAAAAAAUUAUUACAUUAUUGGUUUUGAACCAAAUGCAACAAUGGAAACAGCUCACCAUAUGCUUAUCUAUGGAUGCACUAAACCGGGUAGCUCAAAACCAAUUUGGAAUUGUGGAGAAAUGGCGAAUGCUGGACAUUUGGUAGAUACCGCACCCGCUUGUAAAGAAGGAACUCAGAUCAUUUAUGCAUGGGCAAGAGAUGCUCCUAAAUUAGAUCUACCAGAAGGAGUGGGCUUUAAAGUAGGCGGCGAUUCUCCCAUACAAUAUAUUGUGUUACAAGUACAUUAUGCACAUAUUGACCGCUUUAAGGAUGGCAGGACAGAUGACUCAGGUGUAUUUCUGCAUUAUACAACGCAAAAAAUGAACAAACUAGCUGGAGUUAUUUUGUUAGGAACAAGUGGAGUCAUACCACCUAGAUCAACAGUACAUAUGGAAUCAUCUUGUCCUAUAACAGAAAAGAAAACUAUCUAUCCAUUCGCAUAUAGAACACAUACGCAUUCGCUUGGAAAAGUCGUUUCUGGCUAUGUAAUAAAGCCGAAUGACAAGUGGAUCGAACUUGGAAAGAGAGAUCCACUGACUCCUCAGAUGUUUUAUCCCGUUACCAAUAGAGUUCCAAUUACGUAUGGUGAUAAAUUAGCUGCUCGUUGUACAAUGCAAAGUACGCGCGAUAGAACUACGUUUAUAGGUGGAACGAACGAAGAUGAAAUGUGUAAUAUGUAUAUUAUGUAUUAUGUCAAGGAAGGCACUCCGCUUGAACGGAAAUAUUGCUUCACCGCAGGGCCUCCUUUAUAUUAUUGGAAGAAAGAAUUAAAUAAUAUUCCUGACAAAGAGGCAUCUAAGUUAUAAUAUGUUAAAGAGUGUCAUUUGGCACAAAUAGAUCGAUUCUAUAUUAUCAUAGAGAAUUAGACAAAAUCUAAACGUUUCUGCAGAUUACGUAUUCGAAUGCAUUUGAAUCUAAUUCGUUAAUGAGAUAGGGCCCAUAUUUGGGGACCAAAUCGUCCUAAUAUAAUUUAUGGCAGAUCCUUUAUAGUAACUUAUUUGUUUAUUAAUUAUUAUUUUU